AUGACUGCAGUGUUCAGAAGUGAUGGCAUGAUCACCAACACAGGGGUUUAUGCCCUGUACAACAUUGUGCAGCAGGAUGAAAGCGAGAGUGAUGAAGAUUUUCAUUGUGGUGCUUUGCUCACAAACAGUUCAGGCACUUUCUCCAGUCCUUGGUAUCCUAAAAAGUACCCCACAAAUGUGACAUGUGCCUGGGACAUACAAGUGGACAAAACCUCUCGUGUCAAACUUACAUUUGAAGUGAUCAAAUUAGAAAAUUUCUAUGGCUGUCCAUAUGACUUCGUUGAAAUCUCCGAUGGCCCACAAAGUGAAUCUUUUUCGCUGGGGAGGUUCUGUUCCAGGGCAAGCCCAACAUUUACCUCCUCAUCAAACCGAAUGACGGUGGUGUUCCAUAGUGACGCAAUCAUCACCAACACUGGUUUCUUAGCAUCUUAUGAGUCCCUGGAGGAAGAUGAGAAUGACACAGGCCUACCUCUGGAGUUUGAAAAGAAUGAAGCAGACAACCUACCCAUACUUACCAUGUCUUUCACAGACUCUUUGUCUUAUGCAACACCAUCAGCUGCUGCGAGUUAUUCAACUUCAGCAUCUUUUCCAAAGCCAGUGGAGGUGCUCACAACAACAGAUGAUGUGCGGUGUACAGGAGAAGAGACCAACUUGGGAAAGUGUCACCACCUCGGCCUGUCAGUUCACAACUGCGGGCACCAAGAGGACGCCGGGGCCAUCUGCUCAGCUGUUGUCCCAGCUUCACCAGAAAGAGCUCCUGCCGUUGAUCUGCCUGACAUCAGAUUGGUGCAUGGGAGGAGCCUGUGUGAAGGGCGAGUUGAAGUCUACCACAACGGCACGUGGGGUACCGUGUGCAAUGAUCUCUGGGCCCUCAAUGCUGCCCACGUGGUGUGCCGGCAGCUAGGCUGUGGAGAAGGCGUCCAGGCCCUGGGGAGCGGCCACUUUGGGGGGGGUGUUGGGAGCAUCCUCCUGGAUGAUGUGCAGUGCCAAGGCAAUGAGACCUCGUUAGGCCAGUGCUGCCAUCUGGGCUUGUCUGUCCACAACUGUGGCCACCACGAGGACGCCGGGGUCAUCUGCUCAGGUACUCACUCCCAGCUUUCUUCUGAGGCCGACAGAGCCAUGAGUCAUGGUGGGGAUCUGGAAAUUAACAUGAGGAGGUUUGGGUCUUAUUCAGGUCCUCCGCACAGAGACCCAGUGUCCAUUCUCAAAGUUCUGAGACUCACUCGGGCAGUGGGCGUAUAAGGGUGUGUAGUGUAACAGCCCCACAGCAUACCCUGGCCUUGAUUCCAGGAGACCUCUCCGACUUUCUUAAUGUGCUCAUUGACCCUGGGCUUGGCCUAACCUCCAUGAGUUCUUCUUAACCCUCGGUCUUCAAGCUGCAGUCUGCAGGGACUUCCCAGAUUCCCUCUGUCAAUCGAUAGUAGGGGUAAUGGUAUUUCCUAGUGUUUGCCCUUAUCUUUUAUGAACUUUAAAGCUGAUUUCAUAGUGCUGCUCUUCGGAAUCCCAUGAACAAAACCCAGUUCCUCUCAUCUACCACAAUACUAUUCCCUUUUGGCCUUUCUAGUUUGAGAUGGUAUUCUUUUUCUUGAUG